AUCGCACGUUCGUUCGCGCGCUGCCCAGCGCGCGCCACCCGCCUCGCCGCGCCGCGCCGCGACGCGACGCGACGCGCGCCACCUAUAAUAAACACCACCCGCGCGCGCGCGCGCCCAGCGCGUCGUCUCGUCGUCUCCGCUGUUCGCUCGCCUCAACACACGAGUGCGACGGCGGCGAGGAAGAAGGGGGCCACGAUUGGGAAGGUGUUUGGUUGGCGCAGGAAGGAGGGGAAAAAAAGAAAAAGAAAAGAAAAGAAAAGAAGCUGUUUUUGGGGAGUCGUGCUUUGGAGAGCUGAAAAAGAAGUGCGGCUGCUCUGGGCUCGAGGGCAUCGUGAAUCUACAACGUCAAUCGCAUUGUCUUGAUUAAUUCCUAUGGGAGUUCUUGGGGAUUUGUCGAGGGGACGAGAUUUUUUACCCCUAGGCGAUGCGAUUUUGGUUGCGAUUUGUUCUUCUCGUUUGGAUCACUGGUCCCUGAAUAUUUUCUUUCCUUUCCUCGGUGAAUGAAUGGUGUUGACUGUUGAGGUUUAAGCUGUCUGAUUCAACGGACGGUGCAACAGAGAUUGGACAGAUGGGUUCCCUCAUAAGUUCUUGGGCGAUGAGCUUGUGUGGGAGCCCAAUUUGCUCCGAGCAAGAUGUGGUCUCAUGUGCUAUGAAGGAAACAUUGGAUUCUUCGACUUGCGUGAAUCAUCUGGUGGUGAUUUCCAUUGUUGCAGUGCUCACUGUUGCGCUUGUACAUCAGUUGCUCAUGAAAAUUCCAAAGAGUAGAGCAUCUGCGCGGCAGCUUGUCGCAUUCAAUUCACUGCUGCAGUUGGCUGCUGUAGUGUUCACUGGCUGCUUGGGUUUGCUUAAUCUUGGCCUAGGACUGUGGAUGGUGGGGAUUAGCUUCAAUCAGGAAACCUCCAUUUACCGGCCGCAUUGGUGGCUUGUGAUCUUGGCUCAAGGAUUCAGUUUGAUCCUUACUAGUUUCAGUUUUAGCAUCAGACCUCGAUUUCUUGGAGCUACAUUUGUUCGAUUCUGGUCGCUUUUGCUUACCAUAUGUGCAGCAUUCAUCUGUUGCUGUUCAGUUGUCUACAUGGUUGGAGAGAAGGAGAUCACCAUUAAAGCUUGUUUAGAUGUUCUUUUGCUACCUGGAGCCCUUAUCCUUCUUCUUUAUGCCAUUCGGCACAGCCGUGAUGAAGAGGGUUAUGAAACAACUGAAAAUGCUUUAUACAUGCCGCUGAAUACAGAGAGGGAUCAUGGGACGGCUGAUUCAGAGAGUCAUGUAACUCCUUUUGCUAAAGCUGGAUUUUUCAGUGUGAUGUCAUUUUGGUGGUUGAACCCUUUGAUGAAGAUGGGUUACGCGAAGCCUCUCGAAGAGAAAGACAUGCCACUUUUAGGCUCCACUGAUCGAGCGCAGAAUCAGUACUUGAUGUUCUUGGAGAUGAUGAAUAGAAAGAAGCAGUUGCAGUCACAUGCCACACCAUCAGUAUUUUGGACCAUUGUUUCUUGCCAUAAGAGUGGGAUUCUGAUCUCAGGCUUCUUUGCAUUGCUCAAGGUUGUUACCUUAUCCUCAGGCCCAUUGCUUCUCAAGGCACUCAUCAAUGUAUCGCUGGGGGAAGGGACCUUCAAAUAUGAAGGAAUUGUGCUAGCUGUGACAAUGUUCGUUUGCAAAUUCUGUGAAUCUUUGGCUCAGAGACAGUGGUAUUUCCGCACUCGGAGGUUAGGCCUCCAGGUGAGGUCAUUCCUGUCAGCAGCUAUUUACAAGAAGCAACAGAAGCUAUCAAACUCAGCAAAAAUGAAGCACUCUUCUGGAGAAAUAAUGAACUAUGUGACUGUCGAUGCCUACCGCAUUGGGGAAUUCCCGUAUUGGUUCCACCAAAUUUGGACAACAAGUGUCCAGCUCUGCAUUGCUCUGGCAAUCCUUUACAAUGCAGUUGGACUUGCGACGGUAUCGUCGUUGGUUGUCAUCAUUAUUACUGUACUCUGCAAUGCUCCACUGGCAAAACUGCAACACAAGUACCAGAGUAAACUUAUGGAAGCACAAGAUGUGAGAUUGAAGGCCAUGUCUGAGUCUUUAGUUCAUAUGAAGGUCUUGAAAUUAUAUGCUUGGGAAAAUCAUUUCAAGAAGGUCAUUGAGGGGUUGAGGGAGGUUGAGUACAAGUGGCUGUCAGCAUUCAACCUUAGGAAGGCAUACAACAGUUUCCUGUUUUGGUCAUCACCAGUUCUGGUUUCAGCAGCAACAUUUCUGACUUGCUAUCUUUUAAGAGUUCCUCUGAAUGCUAGCAAUGUAUUCACCUUUGUGGCAACUCUACGUCUCGUGCAAGAUCCAAUCAGACAGAUACCAGAUGUUAUUGGAGUUGUGAUUCAAGCUAAAGUUGCUUUCACCCGGGUUGUAAAAUUUCUUGAUGCUCCUGAGCUGAAUGGGCAAUGCAGGAAGAAAUAUAUAGCGGGUACUGAGUAUCCCAUUGCGCUAAACUCCUGCAGCUUCUCGUGGGAUGAGAACCCGUCGAAACAUACUCUGAGGAAUAUAAAUUUAGUGGUCAAAUCUGGGGAGAAAGUUGCAAUCUGUGGCGAGGUAGGAUCAGGAAAAUCAACACUUUUAGCUUCAGUACUUGGAGAGGUCCCAAAGACCGAAGGCACAAUUCAAGUUUGUGGGAAAAUAGCAUAUGUUUCUCAGAAUGCAUGGAUCCAAACAGGAACUGUGCAAGAAAAUAUUCUCUUUGGAUCUUUGAUGGAUGAGCAAAGAUACAAAGAAACACUUGAGAAGUGCUCUUUGGAAAAGGACCUUGCAAUGUUGCCACAUGGAGACUCUACUCAAAUUGGGGAGAGAGGAGUAAAUCUUAGUGGUGGUCAGAAGCAACGUGUUCAGCUUGCUCGUGCACUAUACCAAAAUGCAGACAUCUAUCUUCUUGAUGAUCCUUUCAGUGCUGUUGAUGCCCAUACAGCAUCAAGUCUGUUUAAUGAAUAUGUCAUGGGAGCUCUGUCAGACAAGACUGUUCUUCUAGUGACCCACCAAGUGGAUUUCCUACCCGUAUUUGAUUCUAUUCUGUUAAUGUCAGAUGGAAAGAUUAUUCGGUCAGCACCUUAUCAAGAUCUAUUGGAAUACUGCCAGGAAUUUCAGGACCUAGUAAAUGCCCACAAAGAUACAAUUGGAAUUUCAGAUCUUAACAAUAUGCCCCUCCAUAGAGAAAAGGAAAUAUCAAUGGAGGAGACAGAUGAUAUUCAUGGCAGCAGAUAUAGAGAAUCUGUGAAGCCAUCGCCGGCAGAUCAGCUGAUAAAGAAAGAGGAGAGAGAAAUAGGGGAUACAGGUCUUAAGCCUUAUAUCCUGUACCUGCGCCAGAACAAAGGCUUUUUAUAUCUCUCUAUCUGUGUUAUUUCCCACAUAAUUUUCAUAAGUGGGCAAAUAUCACAAAAUUCAUGGAUGGCUGCUAAUGUCCAAAAUCCUAGUGUUAGUACACUGAAGUUAAUAGUCGUGUAUAUUGCUAUCGGAGUUUGCACAUUGUUCUUCUUGCUAUCUAGGUCUUUAUCCAUCGUAGUCCUUGGGAUGCAGACUUCAAGAUCCUUAUUUUCCCAGCUACUUAACUCACUGUUCCGUGCACCUAUGUCAUUUUUUGAUUCUACUCCUCUAGGAAGGGUAUUGAGCCGGGUUUCUUCAGAUCUGAGUAUUGUUGACCUUGACGUUCCAUUCUUCUUCAUGUUUAGCAUUAGCGCCAGCUUAAAUGCAUACAGCAAUCUGGGGGUAUUGGCUGUUAUUACAUGGCAAGUUUUGUUUAUUUCGGUGCCAAUGAUAGUUUUGGUAAUCAGGUUGCAGAGGUACUAUUUAGCUUCGGCUAAGGAAUUGAUGCGGAUCAAUGGUACUACCAAAUCUUCUCUAGCUAAUCACUUAGGUGAAUCGAUUUCAGGGGCCAUAACAAUAAGGGCCUUUGAGGAAGAAGAUCGUUUCUUUGCUAAAAAUUUGGAGCUUGUGGACAAGAAUGCUGGCCCAUGCUUCUACAAUUUUGCUGCAACUGAAUGGUUGAUUCAACGCCUGGAACUAAUGAGUGCUGCAGUUCUUUCCUUUUCUGCUCUUGUCAUGGUGAUUCUUCCUCCAGGAACUUUUAGCCCUGGUUUUGUAGGAAUGGCAUUAUCCUAUGGUCUAUCCCUGAACAUGUCUUUAGUUUUCUCUAUUCAAAACCAAUGCAACCUUGCGAAUCAAAUCAUUUCUGUGGAAAGGGUUAACCAGUACAUGGACAUUACAAGUGAAGCAGCAGAAGUUAUCAAAGAAAAUCGGCCAGCACCAGAUUGGCCCCAAGUUGGCAAGGUGGAGCUUAGAGAUUUGAAGAUUAAGUACAGGCAAGAUGCUCCCCUUGUACUGCAUGGAAUUACUUGCACAUUUGAAGGUGGACAUAAGAUUGGUAUAGUUGGUCGGACAGGAAGUGGCAAGACAACUUUGAUUGGUGGUUUGUUUCGUCUUGUUGAACCUGCUGGAGGGAAAAUAAUCAUAGAUUCUGUGGACAUCACCACAAUAGGCUUACAUGACCUGCGAUCACGGUUGGGCAUCAUUCCACAAGAUCCAACACUUUUCCAGGGUACUUUAAGAUACAAUCUAGACCCCCUUGGGCAAUUCUCAGAUCAACAGAUAUGGGAGGUUCUUGACAAAUGUCAACUUCUUGAGACUGUCCAGGAGAAGGAACAGGGAUUGGAUUCACUUGUUGUGGAAGAUGGGUCGAAUUGGAGCAUGGGUCAAAGGCAGCUCUUCUGUUUAGGACGAGCACUUUUGAGACGAUGCCGUAUCUUAGUUCUUGAUGAGGCGACAGCCUCUAUAGACAAUGCAACUGAUGCUAUCCUUCAGAAAACAAUCAGAACAGAGUUCAAAGAUUGCACUGUUAUUACUGUUGCACACCGUAUACCAACAGUUAUGGACUGCACAAUGGUCCUUGCAAUGAGCGAUGGUAAAGUGGUGGAGUAUGACAAACCUACGAAGCUCAUGGAAACAGAAGGUUCUCUUUUCCGAGAGCUCGUCAAGGAGUACUGGUCAUACGCAUCGAGUGGAAAUGUUUAGGUGAAUUUUCACAUGCUUUCAGUUUCUGAAGAGUUAACAGAGGCAGAAAUCUGUAUUCAUGCUCAUAGAAGAGUUGGUAUGUUGGAGUUUGAUGAGAUGAUAGUGCCACAAAAAUGCACAUUUUCGCCAUCUGUCAUUAGCCGAAAUUUGAGCAAUAUGUGGUGCUGGUGCAGGCGUGCAGCUUCUGUCCAUGGGUGUUCUGCAAAUGCUUAACAGAGUAAAUUCAUAAACAUUUCCUUGCUGAAAUAGUCAAGAUUUUCGAAAGGUUAUAUGAGAUGAUCAUCAAGUUUGUAAAUCAUGCUAGUACAAUCAGUACUGUGCAACUGGAAAUUCUGCAAACUGCUUAGAGAAAAAAGUAUUCAAUAUAUGUGAUCUAUUUUUCCAUAUCUACUAAAUCAUAUUAUGCACUCAUAAAUGGAUUGAAGGUAUCUUAUCUGUUUUUCCAUAGCCACAGUAAA